UCAGAAGAGUCAUUACAGAUUCUGAUCGUCAUGGAUAUAUUGUUACAAGACAAUCUUGGUUACGAUGUUUGGGAAGUUGAGGAUAUACCAAAUAAUACGAUCUCAUCGAUAUGGAUUCUUGGAAAAAGCUAUAAAUAUGAAGAACUUGAAAGGAUAAGAGACAUGGUGAUGUCAAUUCUUUGGUGUACGUACCGAAAAGCAUUCCCACCUUUAGGCAGUAGUCAAUACACUUCAGACAAAGGUUUCGGUUGUAUGCUAAGAUGUGGACAAAUGCUUUUGGCAGAAGCUUUGAAGAGAGUUCAUCUGGGAAGUUUUACAUGGUCGCGCGACACUAAGGACAAAAUUUAUCUGAGCAUUGUAAAUCGAUUUGAAGAUAACAAAAAUGCACCUUACGGAAUCCACCAAAUUGGUACGAUGGGACAAGACUCAGGAAAGAAUAUUGGUGAAUGGUUCUCUCCUAAUGUGAUAGCACAAGUUUUAAAAAAACUUGUACGUUUGGAUGAAUCAUCUAAUCUCGUCGUGCAUGUGGCUUUAGAUCAUCAAGUAGCUACAGAAGAAAUUCUAGAACUUCAAGACACGAGUGAGUGGAAGCCCAUACUUAUUAUAAUUCCUCUUCGACUUGGUCUCAAUGAAGUAAAUCCAAUUUACAUCGAUGGUUUAAAGAAGUGCCUUGAGUUGAAAGAAACAUUGGGAAUUAUUGGUGGUCGACCCAACCAGGCUCUUUAUUUCAUUGGAUAUGUAGGUGAUGACAUUCUUUACCUUGACCCACACACUUGUCAACGUAGUGGUACAGUCGGAAAUAAAGAAAAUCAAACAGAAAUUGAAUUUGACGAAACAUAUCAUCAAAGAUUCGCCGGACGAAUGACAUUUUCAUCAAUGGAUCCAUCAAUAGCCGUUUCCUUCAUUUGUAAAACGAGACAUGAUUUUAAUAAUUUAAUAGAACAAUUGAGCAAAAAAGAUGAUAAAACUCCAUUAUUCGAAGUGAUUCAAUCGCGAGCAAUACCAUGGACAGCAUCAUCGUCAAUGGCAAGUAGUAGAGAUUUGGAACAAGAUUUAACUGAGAUUUGUGGAGGUCAAUCACAUGACGAUUUUGAAGAAGUUCGGAAAGAAGAGGGAUCUGAAGACGAAUUUGAAAUUAUCGAGUAA